GAUGUCCCGGGGAAUCGCGCGUCCCGGUCGGUGAGAUGCCGGUAACGGCGCAGAGAGGAUGCGGCGGCGGGGCCGCGUGCUGCUGGCGCGUGCUGCUGCUCGCUGCCUCCGCGCUCGUGAUGCUGGUGGAGAGAGCGGCGCGUGAGUGACCUUACAAUGCAUCACCAUCCAGAUGUAUACUAAACAGUAUAUACACGACAUACUGCCCUUACAAGAAAGUACCAAGGUGGUAUCAUGUGCUGUAUUGUGUUGGGUUCUACCUAUGGGAGAAUGAGCUGUGGUUGGCUGGACUGACCUUUGCCCUCUUGUUGCCGGGGUCAUUGGUGCAGGUGUUGAGUUUCAGGUGGUACAGGGCAGACGGAGACAAACACAUAUGCCACAAUUUCAUCGUACACACACUUCACCUGGGCAUCUUCAAACGGUUGUGGGACUGCAGUGUGUGUGAGUGGACAGCUCAGGGCUCGUCGCAGUCGCAUGCGCAGGAGGUGAUGCAGCAUGCGGAUGCGUCUGCUCUGCGUCUUUUGGAGGUCUUAUUGAUGACAAUACCACAGACGUUUCUGCAGACAUAUGCGCUCACCGUUACCGGCUACGGCCUCUCCUCACCCGUUGCUCUGUGUGGUGGUGUGUGUUUGCUCUCGCUGUCCUGGGCGUUGGUGCUCUACAGCCGGGCGUGUUGUCUCAUUCGUCCAGGCCAUUUGCAGAUGCCACCAGCGGCUCUGCUGUGCCAGCUACUGUGGAGAACAAGCAUGUUAGCUGCCCGCUUUACCAGCCUCACCUUGUUCACCCGCACCUUCGGCUGUUGGGUCAUCGGGGUCAUGGCAUCUCAUUGGUUGAUUGCAGCACUCUGGUUGGUCUCCCAGCAGACUGACAUAUAUGUGGGCCAGUGGUCGUGGCGUGUGUUUAACUUCGUUCUGGGAGGCGUGCACGUGUUCCUGUUUCUCAAUGUGAAGGACGGCCCCUCUCGAUUCCGGAUGGCAGGAUUCUACACGGUGAUGUUUUUGGAAAAUGCUACACUGCUAUUGGCUGCUUCUGGCCUCCUGACUGAUGCAUCGUGGGAUAGCCUGACUGUCCCCACUGUUGUUCUGUGUAGCUUUCUACUCGGUCUGACCUCGCUGAUAUUGUACUAUCGUUUCCUGCAUCCCAAAUCCACUGAAAUCUCUCAGGGUCUGCGCCAGCAAGCGCAGAUCGGCCGUGAGAUUCUUCAGCCGCUUGAUUCAUCCAUCUCUCUGGGAGACAAAUGUCUUCCACCCGCCCCUCUCCCUGUCUACUUCCCGUCCUCUCACCCUUCUUUGUCUCUUUCUGGAAUUCCUGGCUCUCUGCUGGAGCAUCCUGGAAGCUGCGGUGUAAAACCGGACGGUGCGUGCCAACACCAUCACUGGCUCCUGAUCCGUCUUGCCCUGAAAACCGGUGACCUUUCGAAAAUCAACAGGGCAUACGGAGCGGGGGGUGUGUCCAGAAUACUGGUGAUGGAUCGUAAGGGAGAUUUCGGAGAGGACGGGUGUGUGUCCACUUCCGAAAGCAGGGAUGAUACGUUGGCACCGCUGUCCGACUCCAGAGAGGAGUUUGAGAGCGUGAGUGAAGCCAGGGACGAAGAGGAGGAGGAUCAAGACGAGAGUCUAGAAAUGGAGAGUCCUUCGGAGUGCAAGAGGAGCUCGCCGGAGGGUAAGUCUGUGUUCGGGGACAGUCCUGAACCGAAUUACUGCCCUACCGAAUCCAGCUCGACCUUAUACUUCAGUGCCGACCCACAAUCGCCCAGCAGCUCCAGUAACCCACGGCUGGAUCACGAGACGCCCUUCAGUUUCGGUUCUGGUACUGGUCUAGAAACUCUAGACGAGCUGAGUCCCAUUUCCACAGAUGGUGGGCUGCACAGGGGUCUUGUUAGGGGGCUUCUUAGCCGAGCCGGACCCUGCUACACCUCCACACCCGGACUGAAUGGACAAGGGCUUCCAGAGAGUUCUGUAACCCACAUCAGAGGCCCCCGCAGGCAGGUCGUUCUCUCACGCAGGGGUCUGGAAGAGGACGCAGGAUUUAAACCAAAUUAACUUAAGCUUUAAUAUAUAAAAUGCAAGCAGAUGCAGCUUAAAAACUUGAACCUGGAUAUUUAAAGCUGAAGUGUGUAAUUUCUGUGCCACUAGCACCAUCGAACAGAACUGCAAAAAUAAACACUAUUUUUAGACAGUUUUAGGAAUACAUCCCAGGUCUGCUGUUGAUCAAACAAACAGAUAGUCCUGCCCCAAACUCAACGCCAUUGGUUAAGUCAUUGUUGUGUCGGGCUGGACGGGCCGCUCAAAAUAAACAGAGGAAUUUUUAUAGCGCCACAGAGACACAGGGCCCUAUAUUAAGAGUGCUAUGCUUUAAGUCAUAUGUGAAAAGUCAGUGGGCAUGGCCAUUAAGUUUUGGUAUUUUAGUGCAAGCAUGCGGUAAGUCUAGGCGCAAGUGGGUUUGGUGAAAUUGUGCACACAAAGCGCUAAUGGGCUGGGUCAAGUGCAAUUUAAUUCUGAGGUUCUUCUCCGGUUAUUGCACCAUCUGCAUCCUAUUAUGUAGUCCAUUCCCUGACAAGCACCAGUGAUAUAAACAAAGACAACAUAUUCAUAAAAAAUUGGUAGUGUGAAUUGACUGUAUGCAAUUAAUUAAAAGGACAGAAAUAUGCACUUACGUUAUUUUGUGCUUUAACUGUGUCCUUGUUGAAUGACAAAUUGCAUAUUUCUAUGACAGUGACACGGCCCUUUUAUACGCACGGAAAAAUGUUGUUCAGGAUUUGGAUCUAGGCUCCGUUAACAUUAUAGAUAAUAUAAGUAUUGUUAAUAAAAUUGAAGUGUUUGUGUUGAAGUGACACACAAAUAAUGGCUAGUAUUAACAGUGAUUGUAUCAGCCUUCCAGGUUAGAUUGUGGAUCGAGGGAUUGUUUUUUUUUUCAUGCACUUCACUUCUACCAGUCGAUUUUGCUUUAAAAAAGAAAUACAUUUUAUAAUUAAUAAAUUAAUAAAAAUAUUUCUAAAUUCAAAUUACACGUCACACUAAAUUAAAAUAUAAUAAAAAUAAUGAAGUGAUCAAAAAAUCUUAUCUAACGACCUCCCCAAUUCCAAACUGUCAGAGAAUGCAGAGGCAGGAGCAAAAGUUUAAAAAAACAAAGGAUUUAUUAAUAUAACCAAAAGGGGAAAAACAAUCAUAAACUACCCCGUAGGGGAAUAAUAUAAUCCAGGCUGGAGAAGAACUUGACCCAGGACCAAUCAGACCAGGCAAGGAUGGGGGAAUGAACUGGGAACAGGACCGACUUGAGACAAGACCAAACACACACAAGACCGACUUGAUGACACCGAUCGACUGGAACAAAUAAGCACACAAGACUGGAAACAAGACGAACUGGCACUGGACAGUUAACACGAGGAGACUAAAAUAGGGAGAGAAAUCAAACGGGUUAACAGGGGACAGGUGAGGCAAAUGAACAAAUAAUAAGCAAACAAGGAGGCGGGGUAUGACAUAGGACAGAGAGACACACGGUGAUACAGAACAAAACAAAGCCAUGUGCUCUCACAAGACAACAAAACACCCGAAUGAGCAUGAGCAUGAGCACACAUCACCAAGACAGUAAGGCAAUAUACGCCCGUGCCAACCAACAAACAAGACGAGAGAAUGCGUAGCAACGGCAAACAAAGAGAUGCCACACAUUCUCACACUAAACGAAACCUGAGCGUACAUCGCGAGACAAACGCCACGCGAUACAUGCAACAGGCGACAAAAAUAAGACAGGACACCUGUGUGGGAGUUCGGCCACACACACACCCGACACCUUAGACCGAAGUGACCGAACCUCAGCACAACAUGAAGACAACUCACGACCUGGGCACGCAACGCAACGCGAGCAUGACGCAAGGCACACCCAUGUUCGUGAGAGCCAGACAAACUAUUGACGCAAGUGCAUGCUGCCAAGAUGACAUAAGCGUGAUGCACCCACGUCAAUAACAGACAGACAUGGAGCACGAGUGUCCGGAUCCCGAAAACGAUCCAGACAGGAAGUCAGGACCCAGACACCGUGCUCCCGACAUGAAACAAGACUGACCGAAGAGCGCACGGCAGGGAAUACAACCGAAACUUUGCACUCACACAAAGAUAGACAAUGAAACACAAGACAGACAUGGGACGAUAAUGCCACGGUCCUGUCAGACAAAAACCCAGACUGACAGAGUGACAGGACCAUGACACAAACUAUUUACCCUCUCCAACUUCUUUCACCAGCUUCUUUCGGAGUUUGGACAUGUACUUUAUUACCACCUGCUGGUGGAAUCUCCAAACUGCUGAUGCAGUGACUGAGUUUAGACUUUGUUAGACUUUGAAAACAGACAUGGUGCUGAAAUAUCUUAGCGCAGUGACCUAUUUCUCAGGAAAAUAGCAAAUUGCGCUUUGCGGCAUUUUAUACUGUAAACAUACAAUACACCCACAGUUUGCGCACAUACACCCACAGAUAGUACAAACACGCAAUUACACUCUGCUGCUUCAAGGCAUUAGAAACAAAAAAUAACUCUGAUAUGGGGAAAAAGUGUGAACUUGUUUUGUUGUUGUUGUUGUUGUUUACAUUUCUUUUAGGGAUGCCAACUUUUCUCCAUGCAAAUUUUUGGAUUUUGAGCGCUUCAAUGCGGGACGUUCUGUCUGACCAGGAUAGGGAUUGGGGGGGGGGUCCAAUAUGGGAUGUUUCACCAUCUGACCAGGGAGGUGCCCCAAUUCCAGUCUGAGUCUCCUAUUGUCCCUUCUUCAGUUGGUGACUUAACUCUGGAUAUAUUAAUUUUGGCCAAAUCACGGGAAGUCCUGGCUAAUACAGGACAGUUGGCGACCCUAAUUUCAUUGCACUUUUAUCUGUUUUGAUUUCUGUGUCUCUCUCACUCUUGCUCUUUGCUUAUGUUCGGAAUGGAAUACUACUGUGCUGCAUAAUGCACGGUAUAUACUGAAUAAGUAAUAAUAUUUGAUCAAAUAGUAUGUGAAAGAGUACAGCAUAUGUAGCACUACAGUGACCUCAUUACAAGCAUGUUUAUUUCAAUUAAUCUCAUAAAUAAAUACACUUAUUUUGCUUAAUCCAGUUUUAUGUAAAAAUAAGCAUAGAAGUAGAUUAAAAAUAAAAGCUGACAUUACUUAAUGGUUCAUUCAUCAUACUGGAAAUGGAAGGUCAAGUCGAUUACAUUGAAUUUUUGGUGUUCACUACAGUAUUCCACGCCAUGUGUUCUGGUUGCAUACUGGAGGUAAUCUGGUUAUUCCAUGCAUAAAAAAUUUAACAUUUUGUACAUUGUAAAUAGGACGUGUAGUAUGGAAGUAUGCCAUUCCGAACAUACCCCAUAAAAAUAAAAAUAUAAAAAAAUCAAUUUGCUGUUGGUUGGAGAUAAAAGCACAACGUUCCUCUCAUAUCUGUGUUCUGAUAAGCUUAUAUUCUCUCAGAACUUCACUUUCAUGAAGGGCUAUGGUCUGGAUUAUCAUUCUUUGGCAUAUAGUGUCUGAUACAGAUAGAGAUAAAUCAGCAUUAGAGUAUUUGCUUUUAUCUGCUUGUACUAGUAUAUGCCAGGAUUCUCUUCCUCUGAUUUAUUUUAAUAACUCCUUUAAAGGAUAGGUCAAUUUAUGUGAAUAGCUUCUCACAUAUUUUUGUUUGUUUGUUUGUUUUUAUAAAAUGUUUGAUUUGCAGAUAUAGUUAAUUAGGCUCUUUAAAGGAAUGUUCGGGGUUCAAUACAAACCUCAACUGACAUAGUUUGUUGCAUCGAUUACCGCAGAAUUGUGUUUAUAAUAAAGGACUAACAAUGGAAAAUUACUGCAACCAAUUUUUGAGACAUGAGACAAUAUUGUCCUGUUGUAAUCAAUAUUACGCCACAAAUGUUGACAGUUGAACUUUUAUUGAGCCUGGAAUAUUCCUUUAAUUUGAUAAACUAAUCCUAACCCUAUAAGGAAAUAUGAAGUGUUAUCCAAACUCAUUUUAGGCCUUUUAAGGUGUAACAAUUGCACCCUAAUUUGGAAAUGUGAAGCAUCCAAAGCUAUUUAUUUAUUUAUUUCUAAAGCUGAUGCAUGGUGCUACUGUAACAUGGCUAUGGUUUGAGCUCACCUUUUAAAAUCCAGUACAGAAUUGUUACAAAUUACAAAUCAAAAAGGUAAAAACCUAAAUAUUUUGGAUAAAAUAUAUUUGCCUUGGAUAUGUUUCAGGGAUAUUUCAUUGAAUAUCUGAACAAUACUGAACACUGGUGUGGUUUUUCACUGUUUGACGUGCUCACUGUGUUUGUUUUUACAUUGUUUUGUCAUUAAGGGAUUUUGAGAGUGUGUAUACUACAGAGUAAUAUUUAUGUACAUGCUUGUUUAUUAAGAUUAUUGUGUGCGCAGUAGCUGGGUAAUGUGCCCUAACAGGACUCCUUGUCAAUAUUUGCAAUAAUUUCAAAGCAAACUCAGCCAUCCAGUUAUGAUGAUGAGAUGAUGUGUAUUUUCUGUAUCUGGACUGUAUACUGUUUAUGGUGAAUAGCAUUUACUUAUUUAAUUAAUUUUACUAUGAGCAUUUAUCAACAUCAGUGUAAAAUCAAGCCCAUUUUUAUCUUGUGUAGAUAAGUACACCAAGAAAAUAUAAGUGUCAUAAAGAUAACUGCAGGAAAUUAGAAAAUAUACCAAAUAUAAAGUAAACUAUGAUUAAUAUACACAAAAGAAAAAAGAAAAAUCAGAUAAAACAUUGUAAAACUAAAUUAAACUAAUGUACUCAUACUUAAUAAAUACAUUUUGUAAUUUGUAAAAAUUGUAUUCUGUAUCUGUGAGAAUAAUCAAAUCAGUCUCCUAUAAAAACAGUGCAUUGUGUAAAAAAAUCUAUCACAAUCU